UCGUUGAACGACCGGAAAAUUAGGAGUUGUAUGAAUUAAAUGGUUAAGAAUUGACCUCCGUGGAUAAAAAAAAUACAACUUAGAAGACUAUAUGCUUUGAAACGCCUCUUAAGAAAAUUAACAGGAGUGUUGUUCUACCCACUUCCCCCUCACCCCGCACACACACACAUACAUAUGUAUGUAUAUAUUGGUUCAAACUCAAAACUGAGCCUUCAUUCGAUCUACAUAUUUUCUCUUUGAUUACCAAAAUUACUACAAUUUCUGGCCCUUGCUAAUCCCAACAUCUCUCCCUUUCUAUCAUUGAUCUAACUUCCCAACCAUGGAAGGUGCCCAAACUACCCCUGCGAGAGGAAGCUUGAAGCGUAAGCUGGAUCCAGGAUUCCAAGGCCAAAACAAACAUCGAAAGGUUCUCGUUGUCGGAGACCAAAUGAGCAAAGAAGACUGACCUAGCAUUCUCAACACAAUUAUCAAUGCAAAGUCUCUGUAUACAACAUAUGCAAGUCUUUGAAGAACACAAAAGAAAAGACAUACAAAGAAUUUUCACUGUCGCGUGAGACUCGAACAAAAUCAAGGGCUGAGUUUUGCUCGAGCCCAUUGUUGCACGAGACUCAAUCAAUGAUCAUGGGUUGAGAUUCACUCAAGCCCAUUGUCAAGCGCAGCUCGAGCAAAUGCACAUUUUGAUUUGGGGCAAUUUUGUGCACUUGUUGAUAUUUUGGCCAUAACUUUGGCAUGGCAGUGCUACCCCACGCAGCAUAGUGUGCAACGAUACUCCUCCUUAGACUAUGCUAUGGACUGCGGUGCUAGCAGUGUCUUCAUGGUUGUGCAUGCAACUGAGCUAGUCACAUUGAGGUGUUCAUCGCACCUCUAGGUGAAGCCGUCAUGGGCUACGGUCCUCCAUGACAAAAACCACUACUAUCCCUGGUGUCUGACAAUGAUUGCCGCAGCACCCUGGGCAAGCGCAAUGUCGUUGGCUACAUUGCUCUCAUGCGCAGCACUAUGCAUGACAAUGCUAGUUGCUGCACCACCCUUCAAGGAGAGAUGCGGCCGAGACGUGCACAGCAUCUUUGGAAAGCACUUCAGCCACCGUGAUUUCUUGUCCUACUAUAGUGCCACCAUUUGCAACAGAGUAUGUAUCUCUGCAUGCGGCCAUGCAAAUGGAUCUCCCCCCAAUAGAUCAACCUGCUGCACCAUCACAAUGCAUGGCUCUACACGAGGGGCUCGCAGCAGCAUCGUCGUACUCUCGAGGGUGCACCUUGCCCAGCAGCAAUUCCCUCGCUGCAACACACCAUUUUGUGGCAUCACGACACUAUCCAAUCAUCUACCAAACCUUGUUCGAACCAUUGGGAUUACGAAGUUUUCCUAAGUUUUAGAGGUGCAGACACCCGUAAGAAUUUUACUGAUCACCUCUAUUCUGCCUUGAUGCGAACCGGAAUUCGGACAUUUUGCGAUGAUAAUGAACUUCCAAGAGGGGAGAAUAUAUCCAAGGAACUAAUCAAUGCAAUCCAUGGGUCAAGGACUUCCCUUGUAAUUUUCUCCAAAGAUUAUGCCUCUUCUAGUUGGUGCCUUGAUGAGCUUGUUCAGAUCCUUCAUUGCAAAAGUACCAUGAACCACAUAUUUAUCCCAAUAUUUUACCACGUGAAUCCCUCUGAUAUGCGAAAGCAGACUGGGAAUUUUGCGGAAACAUUUGAUAGACUUGAAGGGAGAUUUCAGGAAGAUAUGGAAAGGGUGCAACGAUGGAGAGCGGCUUUCACUGAAGCUGCGGAUUGUUCUGGCUUCGACCUCCAGAGUGACGCAAAUGGGUUUGAAGCAAGGUUCAUCGAGAAGAUUGUUGAACAAGUUUUGUAUAAAUUAAACCCCAUUUGCUUGGAUGUUGUCGAGCACCCAGUAGGAAUAGAUUUUCAUGUUGAAGAGAUGAAAACUUUAUUACAACUUGGAACAAGUACUACUACUAAACUUCUCAUCAUGGGUAUGUAUGGGAUGGGUGGAAUCGGUAAGACAACCUUAGCUAAAGCUGUCUAUAACAAUAUAUGCAAUGGGUUUGAAGGAAGCAGUUGUCUUUUAAAUGUUAGAGAAGUUUCAGAAAAAUCCAAUGGUCUAAUUCAGUUACAAGAACAACUUCUUUUUGAUAUCUUGAAAGUGAAAAUAUUGUCGAUCGGUAAUGUUGACAAAGGAAUCAGUUUGAUUAAACAAAGACUUCACCGAAAAAGUGUUCUUAUUGUUCUUGAUGAUGUGGAUCAGCUCGAUCAAAUAUAUGCGUUAGCCACAGAUGGUGAAUGGUUUUUUGGUCCCGGAAGUAGAGUCAUUAUAACAACCAGAGAUGAACAUUUGCUAGUUAAACUAGGAGUAAAUUACUCCUACAAAGUUGAAAAAAUGAAUCAUUCAGAUUCGCUUCAACUUUUUAGUUGGCAUGCCUUCAACAUGCCCCAUCCAGAAGAUGACUUUUGGGAGAUUUCCAUUGCUGCAGUGGAUUAUGCUGGUGGGCUUCCAUUAGCACUAGAAGUUUUAGGUUCCGAUUUGCGUGGAAGAAGCAUUACUAAAUGGAAAACUACAUUGGAAAAAUUUAGAAAGAGUCCAGAUGCCCAAAUUCAGGAAAUACUUGGAAUAAGUUUCAAAUCACUAGACCAUACUACAAGGGAGGUGUUUCUAGAUAUUGCAUGUUUUUUUAUAGGUGUUAACAUAGAAUAUGUUUUCAAAAUACUGGAGGAAUGUGGAUUUUUUCCAGAUAUUGCUAUCAAUAUUCUCGUUCAAAAGUCUCUUGUGAAAAUUGAUAAUACCAAUUUGAGUAUGCAUGAUCUUAUUCGAGAUAUGGGAAGGGAGAUUGUUCGUCAAGAGUCACGUCAUCCAGGAAUGCGUAGUAGAUUGUGGUCUCAUGAAGACGUGUUGAAAGUACUAAAAAACCAUAUGGGAUCGGAAGUAGUGGAGGGCCUCAGCCUAAAUCUGCCCAUACAUGAUCAAGACCAAGUCAUAUCUUUGGAAUCUGAAGCAUUUGCAAACAUGAAGAAUUUGAGAUUGCUUCAAAUCAAGGGUGUAAAAAAUUUAAAACUUCAAGGAUGCAUUGAGCAUCUUUCCAAAGAGCUAAGAUGGAUUUGCUGGCAUAGCUGUCCCUUGAGAUUUCUUCCGCCAAGACUUCAUCUUGACAAUCUUGUUGUGCUUGACAUGCAGUAUAGCAAAAUCAAACAAGUCUGGACGCUGGAGAAUAAUGUACUCAGCAAGUUGAAAGUUCUAAAUCUCAGUUUUUGUGAAGAUCUCACCAAAUCACCGAACUUCUUACAAGUCCCAAAUCUAGAGGAACUAAUACUUGAAGGUUGCACAAGCUUAGUAGAGCUACAUGACUCUAUUGGAUAUAUAAAAGGACUUGUUUUGCUUAAUUUGAAUGGAUGUAGUAGCCUUAUGAAUCUUCCGAAAAGCAUUUCUAACUUAAAAUCUCUCAAAAAUUUUCACAUGGGUCGCUGCUUCAAUAUGCGGAACUUCACAGACAAAACUACUAUUAUCGUACCAAAUAGAUCUUGGAGUCUCAGAAAUUUCCUAAGGGUUUCCCUUCAUGUUUUUAGGUCUUUGGUAAAACUAGGUCUCAGUAACAUCAAUUUAUUGGAAGGUGACUUUCCCAUUGAUUUUGGGGGCUUAUCCUUACUCCAAGAUUUGGAUUUAUCUGUCAACAAUUUUCGUCAUCUCCCUUAUAGCAUCUGUCACCUUCCCAAAUUAGCCCGUUUAAAUUUAGCUGAGUCUAGAUCCAUUCGGUCAAUUUCAACUCUCCCUGCAAAUUUACAGAUCUUAUUUGCAUUUGGCUGCGAAUCACUAGAAAGAAUCUCAAUUUCGGAGUCCCGAUUGGAUGCACUUGUGCUUGCAGGCUGCUACAAACUAGUUGACAUUCAAGGCUUUGAGAAUUUGGCAUUUACAAAAGUGGUUAGCCUGGAAGGAUGCUUGGAACAAGAAGAAGAAAUUGAUUUUGUGAAGAGUCUUCUCGAGCUCCAAUGGCCGUUUAUGAUUGAGAGGCGUCAGAUAUACUUGUAUGGUGACGAGAUUCCAAAUUGGUUCAGUCAUAAGAGAACAGGGUCUUCCAUUUCCUUUCAUAUACCUUCACUUUCAGAUCAAGACAGAGUGAUUAAAGGAUUAGUAUUUGGAGUUGUUUGUAGAAAUAAGGACAGUCUGCAAGCAUGGCACGGUGAAAUUAGCGUGGUAUUCCAUAAUAAAACAAAAGGCCACAGACAAGUUAUUCAUCAAUUAUUCUAUUACAAGCCGAUAGGGUCUUUGAAUCAUUUAGUUUUGCUUCAGGUGGGAUUAGGUGGAGGUAGUAAAAUCCCAUAUGGUCAGGAGAUGACAAAUGGUGAGGAAAUCGAGGUGUCCUUCGAGUUCGAGUGUUCACAGGCUCUAGAGUACGUUGGAGUGAAGGAGUGUGGAAUUCAUCUCAUCAUUCAGCGUGAGGAGGAGGCCGGUUCAAUGGUCAUGUACAGUGAAAAGAAAAAGAAAAUGAUGGAAGACGAUCUGAUGCAGGACACUCCUGUUACGAAGCUAACAAGACACAGACCUCAUAAUUGGCCGAAGGUCUGGAAAUAUGAUGGGAUUGUUCCUUUCGUGUCCUAUAUAGAACGUAACACAAGUACUUUUGCUCUUCUCCACUCUCUCGGGUGAUUAUUUAUGUCCUACAGUAAAUAGUGAUUGGGCUUGGAUUUUAUUGGGCCGACUGUUACUCUAUGAUGGAAAGCUAAUUUUAAGUUAAUUUUAAAAUAAAAAUAAUAUUAAAAAGUUAGAUUUAAAUAAUUUUUUAACUUUGUAAUAUUUUAAUAUUCAACAUUUUCUCUUUCAUUUUACAAAAUUUAAUAAAAUAUUUUAACUCAAAUUAUUUUACCUACUAUUUAUCUAUAAAUAUUGAGAUACUUCAAACGUCAAAACGAGCUUUUAGUAUGUGCUUAAAAGUAUUUCAAAGGCCUUUUACUAUAGGUGCGAAGUGACAUAUUUGAUACAAGUUUAAGACAUAUAAGUCUCUCAUAAAUCAUUUUAGAAAUGGUGAAAUUUUUCUCAAAUUGCUCUUGCUUUUUGUUCAAAAAAUUUGCACAAAACUUACAUGUAGAAGAAAUUGCCAGCAAUGUUCCUAAAAUCACAAGAAGUCAACUACGUAUACUAAGGAAACGGAGGAGGAUAUCAUGGCAUAUAAUCCUCCACACCAAUAGACCAGUUGUUGUGUUUAUUUGUACAUGGUUAAUUUGCUGCAAACUAUUUUAGAAUUGUAAUAUAAUUUUAGCUUUCCUUGUAUAAGUCCACCGAGGCUACUCCGUAACAUUGUUAUAUAUGGAAUACAAUACACCUCU